AUGGUGUCUGGCUCCCGAGUCGACGGCGGCGCGCAAGUUCUAUCGGCGGGCGUGCGCAGAACUAUUCUGUCGAUUAAAGAGAUCGUCGGCAAUCACUCGGAUGCCGAUAUUUACGUGGCUCUUAAAGAGUCGAACAUGGAUCCUAAUGAAACCGCGCAAAAGUUGCUCAAUCAAGAUCCAUUCCAUGAGGUGAAGAGAAGAAGAGACAGAAAAAAAGAGAGUGUACCCUACAAGAGUUUUGCUACUCCAGAGCCUCAGAAAAGCACUGAGCCUGACCGUAUGCUGGAGAAGAAGAGUACUUACUCUGAUCGUGUGCCUGUGAAGAACAGUACUUACUCUGAUCGUGUGCCGGUGAAGAACAGUACUUACUCUGAUCGUAUGCCUGUGAAGAACAGUACUUACUCUGAUCGUAUGCCGAUGAAGAACAGUACUUACUCUGAUCGUAUGCCGGUCAAGAACAGUACUUACUCUGAUCGUAUGCCGGUGAAGAACAAUACUUACUCUGAUCGUAUGCCGGUAAAAAACAGCACUUACUCUGACCGUAAUGCUCGUAGAAGUGGCUAUAGUCGAGAUACUGCAACUGGAGCUAUCCGGGAGUUUCGGGUUGUCCGUGAUAAUAGAGUUAAUCAGAAUUCUAGUGCAGACUCAAAACCUGCUCAGAGCAAGGUGGCUAUCUCCAGUGGGUCUACCAUGAGCAGUUCUACUGAAACUUCUGGACAUCAAGAGCCUACAGUUGGUCAGCAUUCAUCUCGGGCUCUUAAUAGUUCCGCUCUUACACAACCGAAGCAAGCUAAGGUUACUGCCUCAGGUGUUAAUGGCGGGAAUGAAAUUCUUGGGGAGAAGCACCUCUUGGCUCCAAGUGCUACUUCACGGGUAACAAAGGCAAAUGGUUCUCAACCAUAUUCGGCAGGUUCUUCCAGUAGUUCUGCUGUGGGUGUUUAUUCAUCCAAUUCCGAUCCUGUUCACGUGCCAUCCCCUCAUUCUAAACCCGCUACUAACAUUGGGGCCAUCAGGCGGGAGGUUGGUGUUGUGGGAACUCGCCGUCAGUCGUCUGAAAAUUCGGCCAAGCCCUCAGUAUCUCAGAGCACCCCUUUGUCCAAUACACAUUCAGCACGAGAUGGUCAACAACUGGAGUCAGCUAAACCAUUCAAUGCUAUAUCUCAAAGUGAACAUGCAAAUCAUAAGAUUGCACCCGAGUCUGCUGUACCUGUGAGCAAAUCUUUCUCAAGUAAUCAUCAGUAUGGUAGCAGACCUCAUCAGCCCAUGGGUCAUCAAAAAGCUUCUCAGCCUAAUAAGGAAUGGAAGCCGAAAACCUCUGCAAAACCAGGUACCGGUGGUCCUGGGGUUAUUGGAAGUCCUGUAAAAACAGUUUCUCCUCCUUCGGAUAAGCCCGAUAUAUUGAGAAAAGAGGCAGCUCAGAUAGAAGAUAGUGUUUCACGGUUGAAUAUAUCUGAAAACAAAAAUGUGAUUAUAGCUGCACACAUCCGUGUCUCUGAGACAGACAAGUGUCGACUGACGUUUGGCAGCCUCGGGACUGAUUUAGGUACUUCAGCAAGUUCAAUGAGUGCGAUUGAUGUCAGUACAGAAGCUCUAUCUAUCAAUCAUUCUGCGAGUGCACCAGUCUCUGCACCUGAAUCUUCAGGAGAUGAGCAGGCUGGUGGUAGCAAGCCUUUGGAGGUGAUCGAUGAUUCUGUACGAAGUUCUGGGUCAUUUUCCCCUGCUCUUGGUGGUGUGUCUGAUCACCAACUGAUGGAAAAGAAAGAGUCAUCAGAACCCCAGGAUAUGGACAACUUUGCCGAUGCUGACUUGGUACGGGACAGUAGCCCAUCUUACUCUCCAGAAGCGCUACAGCAGCAAGACACGCCUGAAUUGCCUACCUUUUCUGGUUAUGAUCCACAGAUGGGGUAUGACAUGUCGUACUUUCGCCCAGUUGUUGAUGAAACUGUUAGAGGGACUGGCCUACCAUCAUCUCAAGAGGUCCUGAGCACUCACACUACAAGCACUAUUGCUGCCUCAUCAAUUGCAAUGGUACAGCAACCGCAACAACAGCAACAACUGGCCCAGAUGUAUCCUCAGCUUCAUUUUACAAACAUAAUGCCCUAUCGCCAGUUUCUAUCUCCUGUCUAUGUGCCGCCAAUGCCUGUUCCCGGCUACUCUAACAGCCCCGCGUACCCUCACCCCUCCAACGGCAACAGCUACGUGUUGAUGCCCGGAAACAGCUCUCAUCACCUUUCGGCCAGUGGCGUAAAGUAUGGUGUCCAGCAGUUCAAGCCCGUGCCGGCUGGUGGGCCCACCGGUUUCGGAAACUUCACCAGCCCUGCUGGCUAUGAUGAGUCAUCCCGGAUAAAAUAUAAAGACAAUCUUUAUGUCCCGAACCCUCAGGCAGAGACAUCUGAAAUUUGGAUGAACCCAAGGGAACUUCCUGGCCUACAGUCGGCCUCGUAUUACAACAUGCCUGGGCAGACACCACAUCCCGCUUAUCUGACUUCACACACUGCCCAUGCUUCUUUUACGGCUGCUCAAUCUUCUCACAUGCAGUUCCCAGGUAUGUACCAUCAUCCACCAUCUCAGCCUGGGGCCAUAGCCGGCCAACACCAUAUCGGGCCCACCAUUGGCGGCAGUGUUGGGGUUGGUGUGGCAGCACCAGGUCCUGGGGCUCAGGUGGGUGCCUACCAGCAACCGCAAUUGGGCCACCUGAAUUGGACCGGGAAUUUUUGA